GCAGUGUUGUUGAAACUGUCUAAAGAAUUUAAAAAAUGAAAACUACAACGUUUUUUUUGUUAUGUAUGUGGGCUGUUUUAACACAUUCCAUGUCUAUAAAGGACGCAGAAAAAUGUUCAGAUGACAAUUGCAAAAUUGGAGAUGGUUGCCGUUGUUCUUCAACAAAGUCGCCUCUCGAUGGAGAUGCUCCACAGCUGAUCAGUUUAACUUUUGAUGAAGCUGUAGUCAACAAUAUUUAUACUGAUGUUUGGGAACCAUUACUGUUUGACCGGAAAAAUCCCGACGGCAAUCCCAUAAGCGCAACAUUUUUUGUUCCUCAUGAAUAUACAGAUUAUAGGAGAGUCCAAGAUCUGUACCUUCGUGGAUUUGAAAUUGGCGUAAACUCCAUAACUAAAAACAGUUUGGCACAAUAUUGGUUAAAUGCCACAGAAGAGGUGUUAAAAGAAGAAUUUGAGGGUCAGCGCAUUCUUAUGUCCCACUUUGCAAAUAUUCCACAAGACGAUAUUGUGGGUGCUAGAACGCCCCAACUUCAGUUGGACGGUGAUGUUUCAAUCAAUGCUUAUGUUGCCUCUGGAAUUUUAUACGACAGCUCAUGGACAUCCAGAAGCACUACCAUGAUGUUUCCAUAUACGCUUGACUACCUGUCUAUACAAGAAUGUCGAACCGGUACUACAUGCCCAAAAGACUCACAUCAAGGUUUUUGGGUUGCACCAAUAAUUAACAUCCAAGGAAAUAGCACCGAUGGCAUACUUGAAUGCAAUUCACUAAAUACUUGUAAUUUUCACGGGACUGCUGAUGAAAUUUCCCAAUGGUUACUGUCUCAAGUAGAACGCGAACGGUCCACCACAAAAGCUCCUAUAACACUAAUGGUCCCCUCAUCAUGGUUUCGUUUUACCGAAAACAGUUUUGACGGAUUUAAAACAUUUUUGGAUGAAUUGGGCAAACUUAACGAUGUAUUCCUCGUUAGUCUAAAACAAGUGAUCGACUGGACCAAAAAUCCUGUGCCACUGAGCGAAUUUAAAACUGAUGUACCAGACAGAACAGCAGAUUGUGGAGCAAUUAACUGUCCCCUGCAAAAUGCUAACGGCGACCUUAGGUACAUGAUGUCAUGUGUGCCUUGCCCUGAAGUGUAUCCAUGGUUGGGUAAUCCUUUAGGACAAGCUACUAUAACUGAAAAGACUACUACAUCAACUGAAGAGUCGACUACAUCAUCAACUGAAGAGCCUACUACAACUUCUGAAGAUUUUUAAUUUUUUUAGCAUGUUUUUCAAGAGUGCAAUAAAACUUGAUUCAAAAUA